AUUAAGUGUAUAAUCUAUGGUACCUACCGUAUGUAAUCAGUCCAAUUUCAAUUUUCAAUUAAUUUCAUUUAAUAUUUUUGUGUACAUAUGUAUCAAUAUUAAUUUAUAACCAAGUUCGCUAGGUGGUAACUGAACUACAUACAAACCCUAAAUCGUAGCUAAAUAUAAAGACCACGUUUCAAAGUUUAAUUUGUCGUACAUUACACUAAUUCAUUACAUAUUGGUUUGAAAAUAAAACAAACAUUUCUAACUUUAAAGUAAUUUCAGCUAGAAAUUAUUUCUUCUAAAUCAUGUUUGUGGUAUCUCCUCAUAUACGCCAGGAAUGGAAAUGUAUGGCUACUCUGAUUGCAAGAUUUUCAAAUAAACCCACAUCAUCCGAGGUUCUAACAGCCUAUUUAACUCAGUGUAACGAACCACCUUGGACUUCUUAUUUUGUAAAGUACAGUUAUGUGAAAGAUGAUCAGUUUGGAAUGUCAAAUUUUAAUUGGAAGGUUGGUAAUUCCAACUAUCAAAUAUUAAGAACUGGUUGUUUUCCAUAUAUAAAAUAUCACUGUUCUAGAAAAAAGGCAGAAGACUUAAAUAUGUCAGAUAAAUUUAUGAGAAUUAUAAAGGUUGCAAAUUUAGGUAUACCUUGUUUACUGUAUGGCCUUGCAGCAACCCAGCUUAUAAGGCAUGAAGAACUUGUUCACACAAGCAAAGGGCCAGUACCAAUAUACUUUUUGCUUCCAGAAGAUAAAGGAUCUUUGCAUUAAAACACCAUACUGUAAACAUUAUUUAUUAAUUAAGAAAACUAAAGUGUGGUAUAGUGCUUAAAAGAUACUAUUGUAUAAUAGCUACUAAA